GGCGUGGGGAGAAACGGGGGUCCCGCCCCGUGAGUUCCGUGAGGGAUCGCAGCACCGGACCCUCCGCCCCUCUCCCGGCGUUUCUGCGCCAAGGGAGCGGCAGGUGCGGGGACAUGGCCGGGGACAUGCGGGCCGUGCUGUGCCUCUGGCUGCUGGUGGCCCCGGUGGCGCGGGUGGCCGUGUCCUCGCGGGUCCGCACCCGCCGGGAGCUGGGCCCCGGGCUGUACCAGCACGGCGUCUACGACGCGGGCGGCUCCUACUGCCAGCGGGGCGACGUGUGCUGCCACGGCCGCGACGACGGCUGCACCGUGCCCUACCACGACACGCUGUGCUACUGCGACCUCUUCUGCAACCGCACCGUGUCCGACUGCUGCCCCGACUUCUGGGAAUACUGCCUGGGAAUCCCGGCGCCCUUCCCCAAAGCCCCAGGCUGUGCCCGUGCCGGACACAAUUACCCCACAGGAGCCACGUACCGGGAGAACUGCAACCUGUGCACCUGCGGGCCCGGCGGGCAGUGGCAGUGCGAGGACCACGCCUGCCUGAUGGAUGGGGAGCUCAUCGACGCCAUCAACAGGGGCAAUUACGGCUGGAGAGCCGCCAACUACAGCCAGUUCUGGGGGAUGACCCUGGAGGACGGGAUCCGGCACCGCCUGGGCACCUUCCGUCCCUCCGCCACCGUCAUGAACAUGAACGAGAUGCACAUGAACAUGGACUCCAACGAGGUGCUGCCGCGUCGCUUCGAUGCCGCCGAGAAGUGGCCCGGGAUGAUCCACGAGCCCCUGGACCAGGGGAACUGCGCCGGCUCCUGGGCCUUCUCCACGGCCGCCGUGGCCUCGGACCGCAUCUCCAUCCACUCCAUGGGCCACAUGACCCCCGCGCUGUCCCCCCAAAACCUCCUGUCCUGUGACACCCGAAACCAGCGCGGCUGCAGCGGGGGGCGCCUGGACGGAGCCUGGUGGUACCUGCGCAGGAGAGGCGUGGUGACGGACGAGUGCUACCCGUUCACGAGCCAGCAGAGCCAGCCCGCGGCGCCGCCCUGCAUGAUGCACAGCCGCUCCACGGGCCGGGGCAAGCGACAGGCGACAGCGCGCUGCCCCAACCCCCGGAGCCACGCCAACGACAUCUACCAGUCCACGCCCGCCUACCGCCUCUCCUCCAGCGAGAAGGAGAUCAUGAAGGAGCUGAUGGAGAACGGCCCCGUCCAAGCCAUCCUGGAGGUGCACGAGGAUUUCUUCAUGUACAAGAGCGGGAUCUAUCGGCACACGCCUGUGGCUGAGGGGAAGGGGCCCAAGCACCAGAGGCACGGGACCCACUCGGUGAAAAUCACGGGGUGGGGAGAGGAGCAGCUGCCUGAUGGCCAGACCCAAAAAUACUGGACGGCGGCCAACUCGUGGGGCACGGCGUGGGGCGAGGGCGGCCACUUUCGCAUCGCCCGCGGCGUCAACGAGUGCGAGGUGGAGACCUUCGUGGUGGGGGUUUGGGGCCGCGUCAGCAUGGAGGACAUGCCCCACAAGUGAGCCCCGCCGAUGUCCCCAGUGUCCCCAGUGUCCCUGUCCCCAGCGCGGCCCUGCCCAGCUCACAGCACGGUGGGCAAGGCAUUGUCCCCUGUGUCCAGUGGCAGGGGGCUGGCGCUGUUCCCUGUGUCCCCUGGAGGACAGCAUGGAGGACAUGCCCCACGAGUGAGCCCCAUGAUGUCCCCCAGUGUCCCCAGCGCGGUCCUACCCAGCUCACAGCACGCUGGGCAGGGGCUGGCGCUGUCCCUGUGUCCCCUGGAGGGGGCUGGCGCUGUCCCCCAUGUCCCAUGGAAGGGGCUGGCGCUGUCCCUGUGUCCCCUGGAGGGGGCUGCGUGUCCCCGCCGUGCUGACACAGCGGCUGGGGGCAGUGGGGCGUGCCAGGGGGAUGCUCCGGGGGCUGCUCCCGUCUCCCAUGGGAUUUACCCGCUAAUCCCCCCUGCCCCGGGGCUCGGCUGGGCUGCGGUGGCGGCUGGGGGCUCUUCAAAGGCAGCUGCACGCCCCCCCCCCCCCCCCAGAAUCCCGGCUGUGGGAUUUCUCCUCCUUUUCCCAAUGGAAAUUCCUGUCCCUCCCGUCCUGGCUCCAGCAGCUCCUCCCAGCAGGGCAGCGCUGGAGUUUGGGGGUGAAAUAACCCACCAAGGGGGUCCCCUGAGCCCCCAGGGCUGCGUGGUGCCAGGAUGGGGUCCCCACCGUCCCCCCCAGCCCGUCCCUAUGGUGCUAUGGCCCUGCCACCCCCCUGGGGGACAGCAGGGACAAGGGAGGGCUCAGCCCCGUGGUGUCCCCAUGUCCUGGGGGGGCCACAAGUGGGGUCCACGCAGCCAGCACAGCCCCUCUUCCCCCUCAACCCAAGGGCUGUACUUUUAAGACAUUUUUUUGUAUUUAUUUUGCUUUUUAUUGUUUGUAAAUAAAGUAAUGGAAGCCUCAGA